AGGGAGCCCCAGUGUCUGGAUCCCAUUUCCAGGGGAGUCCCAGUGCCUGGGAUCCCAUUUCCAGGGGAGCCCCAGCAGUGCCUGGAUCCCAUUUCAGGGGUCCCCCAGUGUCUGGAUCCCAUUUCCAGGAGUCCCCCAGUGCCUGGGACCCCAUUUCCAGGGGAGCCCCAGUGCCUGGGAUCCCAUUUCCAGGGCAGCCCCAGUUCCUGGGAUCUCAUUUCCAGGGGAUCCCAUUUCCAGGGAUCCCCCAGUUCCUGGGAUCCCAUUUGCUGUGGACCCCAGUGCCUGGAUCCCAUUUCCAGGGGAUGCAAUUUCCAGGGGUCCCCCAGUGCCUGGGGUCCCAUUUCCAGGGGUCCCCCAGUUCCUGGGGUCCCAUUUCCAGGGAGCCCCCAGUGCCUGGGAUCCCAUUUCCAAGGGAGCCCCAGUGUCUGGGACCCCAUUUCCAGGGGAGCCCCAGUGCCUGGGAUCCCAUUUCCAGGGGAUGCAAUUUCCAGGGGAGCCCCAGCAGUGCCUGGAUCCCAUUUCAGGGGUGCCCCAGUUCCUGGGGUCCCAUUUCCAGGGGAGCCCCAGUUCCUGGGGUCCCAUUUCCAGGGGAGCCCCAGUUCCUGGGGUCCCAUUUCAGGGGUGUUGCUUGCAGGAGUGGUGACGCUGCUGUCGGAUUAUGAAGUGUGCAAGGAAGGAGAUGUUCUCACCCCAGAACAGGCCCGAGUGCUGAAACUCUUUGGCUACGAGAUGGCAGAAUUUAAAGUCACCAUGAAGUUUCUGUGGAAUUCUGAGACAGGAGACUUCCAGAAGCUCGUGGGAGAUGCAGCAGAGGAGGAGGAAGAGGAGGAUGAUGAUGAUGAUGACAGCAAUGAGGACUAACAGCUUGGCCACCAGACAGUUCUAUUUUAGGGACAAAAAGAGGAGAAUAUUUCCCUUCCCUGGGUACACCUGGACUGGCAUGAUCUUUAUAGAAAAUGACCUACCUAUGCUUUUUUAUAUUUAUAUAAAUAUCUAUGUGAAACUUCA